AUGAAUGGACUGAAGAACCAUGGCUUACAUGUCGUUGAUCAUGACUUAGAAGACUUGCCACUUGGGAAGCUGAUCAUCGCGAGAAAUGAAAUGCAAGACGAUAUGGCCAAGGUUAUGGAGGCAAUAGAUAUUGUCAGUCGGGACCCAUGGAUUCUGUUGCGGCAGAAAGCAAAGGAAGUGUACCGGGGCCCUACCCCCUCUACCGACGCAAAGGUUGUGUUACCUCAACAAGCCGUGGGGACGAAUGGACUAAAGCCUGAUGUUGAAUUGGAUGAGCUACUUGAGCCAGUCACGGGUGCUGAGCAGUUGUUCUUCGAUUUUAGUCGGCUCCAGUCCCCUGAGAGAUGGAAGCACUUGAUCAGUGCAUCGUGGGACAAAGAGUCCAUCAACACCACUCAGAACACAGCCACAGUGACUCAAACCACCAAUGCGACCCGCCGUGAGUAUCAGCACCGGCUGAGUAAUGCACUCUCGGAACACAACGGCGAGGCGGAGAAGCUGCAGGCUAAGGCAGAGGAGGCUGCUUCUAUGCACUAUGAACAGAUGAAGGAGGCCAAUGAAGCUAAGGCAAAUAUGAAGCGAGAGAUUGAGGAACUAAUUUCCGUUAAUGAGAAAAAGCAGACUAUGCUUACCCAUGGACAGCGUGAAGUGGCUGAUCUUAAGUCACAACUGGAAUCCUUGCGACCCCAGGCCUUUCCAGACUGGCACCCUCGGAACAACCUCGACAGCGGCUUUCACGGUCGAACAGUUAUGUUCGUCAACCUGUACACUAUGGGGCAACAGAAACCUUUGGCUAUUGAUGCGGGGCGUGAUAAUGGCAGAGGUAUCCAUGGCUGGGAGUUCCACCCUGCCAAUGGUUCACAGCAGCUGAAGCUCACAAAAGCUAACCCUAACUCUCGAACUUCAGAGUGGUUGAUUGAUUGCUACGGAAGAUAUCUUUACAGCAAUGACGACAAACUCACCAUCAGCUGCAGCACUUCUGCUGAAUUGCACAAUGGGUGUUGUCGGUGGUUGAUUAGGAAGGCAGAGAAUGGCCGUGGCUAUAUUAUUGAAAAUGCCGCUUCUUCCGUUCUUCAUCUCAAUUCCGAUGGUGUUGGUGAGGCGAUUGUUUGUAGGGAAUAUAGCUCAGCAAGCUUUGACAAUCAGACUUGGGCCAUUAUUGCAAUUUGA